AUGGCUGAGUCGAAGAGGGGAUCAUCAGGUCGGGGGUUCACAAGACGUUGCGCAUCUCUUGUCAGGGAGCAGCGUGCCAGGAUCUACAUCCUGCGUCGCUGCGCCACAAUGCUCCUCUGCUGGUAUAUCCAAGGCGAUGACUAA